UAUUCUAGAAAUUAUAUUCCUUACUAGAAAUCUCCACAUCUUUUCAUGAAAGUAUAUAAAUCUCUGUGCCUGUGUCAGUGAGCAUGCAUGUAAACGUAUACGUGUCUAUCUGCAAGUAUUUGUAAAGCAUAUCAAUGGGCGUUUGUGGCCUUCCUGCUCGAGAAACCUCUAGGUAAUCCAGUUCUCUAUGUCAGCACCGGCAGCGAAGUCAGAAGAACUCUGAGUGAAUUAUUAAUAAGCAGAAUUAGCCCUUUCUCCAAUUAGAUCUAUUCCUGGGUCUUCAGGAAAUUGGGGCAAAAUAAUCAGGGUGGAAUCAGAGUCUCUCAGGGUCAAACUUGGUUCCAGCUGCGUGUGGUGAAAGCAACUAGAGGCAGCGCUAUCAAGGGCUGUGGCAGAUGAGCAGUGGUCUGUCUGCAAUGAGCAUGUGCUCAAGCUAACAUGGAUACCAUCUUGGUCUUCAGCCUAAUCAUUGUAUCCUAUGAUGCCAACAAGAAAGACCUCAGAGAUAGCAGUUGCCAAGUGGAACAGCUGCCUGGGAUCUUCCCAAAGGACGUGAGAAGCAUCAGAGAAUUGCAAAUGCAAGAAACUCACACAGAAACCAAAAGGACAGCAUUCAUUCAAAAUCAGACUAUAGCUACCCUGCAGUGCCUUGGCUCUGACAGCAAAGUAAAAGUCAACCUUGUAUAUUUGGAAAGAAAGCCAAAGGUCAAGCAUAUUCUGAAGAACCUGAGAAUCAUUGCUGCUCCCCGCAGAAACAGCUCUGCCUCCUCAAGCUGUCACCUAAUCCCCACAUCCAAGUUUCAGACUCUUCUAACAGGCAAAGCUUUUUUACCAGGGAUGUCACAAUGUAAAGUCUAUCCAGUGAUGGCGGCUUCAUCAGAGACUUUUUCCACCACUACCCCUUCUAUAACUCCUGGGAAUAAAGAAGGAGAGAAAACUACAAUUACUGACACAGAUGAGAACUUAGAGAAGAGACAGAAAUGGAGUAUUGUGGUCAAAAUUCUGAUUGCUGUCACCCUGUUGCUCAGUGGAUUCGCCAUUAUAGUAUUUGUAAUUUUUGAAGUCCCAUGUCCUUGUCAAUGCCUAGGAGCCAGGGAGCUGUGCCAAUGCCAGUGGUUGUGGAGAUGGCAGAAGAAGGGAGGCCAGCCACCUGGGACAGCUGAAUCCAAGCCUGACUCUCAGCCCCAGAAGGAAAGUGUUGGACAAGAUGCUGCCAAUUCAUCAAACCCAAAGAAAGCUUCAGGGAUCACUGUUAUCCACCAGACAUACUUCUGA